UUUUUUCUCGUUUAGAUCUGGGCAAGCUUUUUUCGGUUGAAUGGUACGGCGUUGUUUAUGCGAUGCCAGUGAAGCGGAAUAUAAUAGCUUGAGAGAGUUUUCUCAGCAUUCCGAAUACAUUAUUUUCCACCCGGGUGAUCCCUUCAAUCGGAAGCUAGAAUUAAGCUGUCACGCCCCUCCACAGAAAACUCAUUUACGCGUCUAUAACGCUCAAAUAUUGUCCAUCCUUUGCUUGCUUGGCUUCGUUGUGGAAGGCAGUGACUCAAGAAGACAUCUUUAGCUUCAAGAUGGCGCGCUUUAUCAAGCCUUUGUACAUCACCGUCUUUAUUUUCUUCGCGUUUCAGCUACUGAGCCCCUCUAGUUCUCACCCUCUAUUUCGACGGGCUGUUGAAGAAUCAGGGAAUAAAAGCAAGGCGAAUGAAUCUGAGAAACUAGCGCCAUGUCUGGAAGAGAGAAAUGGCAUAUAUCCUUGCUCCUCAACGAUAAGUGGGAAUCUUUUGUUGAUGGUAUUCUAUGGUGCUAUUCUUGGAGUUGCAGCAAAAUGUAUUUCAGAUGGUGCUGAGCUACUUCUAGACAUUGGUGUUCCUGCAGCUAUUGUUGGUGGCAUUGUUCUUCCACUCCUGGGAGCAGUUCCUGACUCAGCCAUCAUUAUUGUGUCUGGUCUCGGUGAUGAUGCACAGAGCAAACUGUCAAUUGGCAUGGGCACCCUUGCUGGUAGUACCAUCAUGUUGCUGACAGCUGCAUGGGCCGGCAGUGUGUUUAUUGGCCGAUGUGACAUUGACAGGAAGGGAGAAGCAAUUGAGGGAACUGGUACUGGAAAGUUGAGCUUAACCAAACAGGGUGUUACAGUCCUUCCUGAUGUAGUCACUGCUGUUGUUAUUAUGCUUGGCACAUCUCUGUCCUACUUUAUUGUCCAGGGUGCUGAUUGGUAUUUUGGCCCCCACAACUUUGGACCACAACCACCCUAUGUUAGAAAGGCUGCUCUUGCGACAAUGAUCAUUUGCUUCAUCCUUUUUGUUUUCUACCUUGGUUUCCUGGCAUAUGACAGCAAAGCUGCUGAGAGGAGAGCUGACAAACAUCGUCAAUCACUGAUUCAGCGCAGGGUUCUUCACCGCUUUGUCUUGAUGGCCAGCAAGGAGACGGGACAUGAGCGCAUUGGCGGUGAUGAGUAUGACUCCCCUGAAGACAUCAAAGCUAAAGAAGAUCACAUUCAAUCCAAGUAUUUCAAGGCCUGGCAUCUUGGUUCUGGCAUGAGGUCCAAGAGUGAAGGUACUGAAAAGGAUCCAAUACUCUCCAAGGAUCAUGAGUCAAUUACUGACGACGAAAAGGCUCCAUUACGAAAAGAAUCCUUUGAAAUAAGUGAUCAGGAGGAGCACGAGGAGCCAGAACACGAGGAGAGUCGCUCAGUCUUGACAAUGAAGUCCAUUGGUCUUCUUGUUCUUGGUGUCGGCCUGGUAACCAUCUUCGCUGAUCCUAUGUGUGAUGUGCUGGACUCGUUGACCAACCCACUCAAUCAUUCACACAUCCCCAUCAGCUCCUUCUAUGUGUCGUUUGUCGUGACACCACUGUGCUCUAACGCCUCCGAGCUGGUCUCUUCGCUCAUCUUCGCUUCAAAGAAGAAGAAGGAGAAUGUGUCCAUGACAUUUUCACAGCUGUACGGUGCCAGCACCAUGAACAACACCCUUUGCCUUGGCAUCUUUGCCGCUCUUGUUGUCUUCAGAAACCUGAGGUGGUACUACUCAGCAGAGGUGACCGUUAUUGUGCUCGUGCAGUGGGUUGUCGGGUUUGCUGGACUUCGCUACACCUACAAGAUUUGGAUGGGUAUGAUCGUUGGAUCCAUGUACAUCAUUUCAAUUCUCUUCAUCGCUUUACUAGAGAGUAAAGCAAUUGGAUGGAAGUAAACCUGCCUGGCGGGAACACUUCCUCUACCCGCCAGCUACUUGGUACAUUCUUCAUUGGAUAAGUCAGAACACCUUAUUUUUGAUUGGAAUAUGAAUAACGACUUUAAGAAUAAUAAUUGUAUAAUUGAUGAAACUAAGCGGUAAGAAGGAAUUGUUAUUCUGGAUACGGCAGUGCGCUGUUUUUGUAUUUGGAUGUACCCGGGUGUCUACGGGAUGCCUGUAUACCGGGGUUUGCCAGAUAUCAUAGUGUAUCCGAAGUUUGUCCAUAUACGCGGACACAAGUAUGUUCCUGGGUGACUCCGGGUGUCAAAUAGCCGGAGAGUAACGUAGCGCGUCAAUUAGUCGGGUGACAUUUUGGUAUGAAGCACUGGGUCAACAAUUGUGUCGAAGUAUCGGGUGUCUACGAGUUUGUCUAUAUACCCAGAUGUCACUUGGGUAAAUUGAAGUGUUACCGUAGUGUAUCCGGGUGUAUCCGAGGGUACCGGAACUAUCGCACUGCUGUAUUUAGACUAACCAAUAAGCCCUCAUGCAUUUUUCUAGCAACUAGAAUAUUGUAAUUUAAAAAUUUCCUGUAGAUAAAUGAAUUAGGACUUAAAAUAGUUCCUUCUUUAAAUAACGAAUUGCUAUCUUCCUAAAUCAAGAAGUCUCAAAUAACGACACUAUAAACUAAUUGCAACUAAAGUAGAUGGCUGUCUAUUUCAGCCGCCUACUCAAUUUAACUGUGAACAGCUUGGAAAAUACGGUCAGUCUGCUCUAGUUGUUCCAGACAAGCAAAGAGUAUAAAAGGCUGGGUUCAAAAAUACCUCACUACCACCCCCAAGGGUGUACUUGACUCAACCCUGUUUCCUGCUCGAUCAAAAGCUGUGGGACUAAAGUUAUAAAGAAAAAUACAUUCAACUUAAGUAGUCCUUAAA